CUGAGGUAGUAGCCAGAACCAGAAAACCAAGACUAGAGAGAGAGAGAGAGCUCAUCAUCGCAGAGAACCUCGGAGACGGAGAGGGAGAGAGAAAUUCUAUAUAUAAUCUACGGGAAAGUAUUAUAUCAUGGUUUGAUUCUUCAGAGAGUCUUGUUUUUUUGUUUCGGAAUCUUUUUCCGAAGACCUGAAGGAGGUAGAGCCCUUAUUUUUUUUUUGCCGAGGACUUUGGGCGAUUUUGCUUUGAUCUAAAUUGUUCAUGUCCUUACGUCUCUGACAGUCUAGUCUGCUUCUUCUUCUGGAAAUUUUGUGGGAUUUUGAAUCUCAUUCCAGUUCGUGGGUUUGUAGGGUUUCUUUUUUCUUUUCCUCUGAGAAAUCUCCUUUUUUGGGUUUUUGUUAUCUGAAUCGGAGGGGGAAUGGUGGUUAAGAUGAUGAAAUGGCGUCCAUGGCCGCCUCUAUUAUCGAAGAAAUUUGAGGUUAGGCUGGUUCUUCGAAGGCUUGAAGGGUUGAAUCCUCCUGUGGUUCCGGCGGAAGGAGAGAAUUCGACGGCGGAGGUUCCAAGAUUAGUGGUGGAGAUCAGGUGGAAAGGUUCGAAGAACGCUUUGAGUUCGUUGAGGAGGUCAGUGAAGAGGAACUUUACUAAAGAGGAGGAUGUGCAGAGUGAUGGUGUUGUUUGUUGGAACGAGGAGUUUCUUUCGGUUUGUAGCCUUACUGCUUACAAAGACAACGCUUUUCAGCCGUGGGAGAUCUCAUUCACCGUCCUCAAUGGCUUGAAACAAGGGCUAAAGAAUAAGGUCUCUGUUAUUGGAACAGCAACGUUAAACCUUGCAGAAUUUGCUUCUGCAGCUGAAGAGGAGCUUGCAAUUAAUGUCCCUCUCAUUCAGCCUGUUGGUGGUGCCGAGCUUCAUCCUGUUAUCUGUAUGUCUCUUAGUUUAUUGGAAUUAAGAGUCACCCAAGAACCUGGUGCGAUAAUGCAGAGAUCAAUUGUUCCUGUUCCACUGUCACCCCCACCUGGAGAAAUCGUCUCAACGGAGAAAGAUGAAGUUUCUGCCAUUAAAGCAGGUCUGCGAAGAGUAAAAAUACUUACUGAAUAUGUGUCUACUAGAAGAGCUAAGAAGGCGUGCCAUGAGGAAGAGGGUAGUGAGGGCAGAUGCUCACCAAGAAGCGAGGAUGGUGACUGCACAUACCCUUUUGACACUGACUCACUGGAUGAUUACGGUGAUAGAGAAGUGGAGGAUGAGAAGGUAGAUUCUAGUUUCAGGAAAUCAUUCAGUUAUGGUACGUUGGCCUAUGCAAACUGUGUUGGAGGAUCAUUUUACUCUGAGAUGAGAAUCAAUGGAGAGAAUGGGGACUGGAUUUACUACAGCAAUCGCAAAUCUGAUGUGGGGUCCUUGAAUAUGGAGUCAAAGGCAUCAGUCUCACCGCAAUCUGUACUGCAGAGUUCAAAGAGGAGCAUCUUGCCUUGGAGGAAAAGGAAACUGAGCUUCAGAUCUCCUAAAUCAAAGGGUGAACCACUUUUGAAGAAAGCCUAUGCGGAAGAAGGUGGGGAUGACAUUGAUUUUGAUCGUCGUCAGCUCAGCUCCUCAGAUGAGUCCAAUCGAGGGUGGUCUAAGGCAGAUGAGGAUUCAACUGCAAAUAGGUCGUCAGUGUCCGAAUUUGGGGAUGAUAAUUUUGCAGUGGGGAGCUGGGAGCACAAGGAAGUAAUAAGCCGUGAUGGACACAUGAAGCUCCAGAGUCAAGUUUUCUAUGCUUCAAUUGAUCAAAGAAGUGAACGGGCUGCAGGAGAAAGCGCAUGCACCGCCCUGGUUGCUGUUAUCGCUGACUGGUUCCAGAAUAACCGAGAUGAUAUGCCUAUUAAAUCCCAGUUUGACAGCCUGAUCAGAGAAGGUUCAUUAGAGUGGAGAAACCUCUGUGAGAAUGAGAGCUAUAGGGAGCGGUUUCCUGACAAGCACUUCGAUCUUGAGACAGUCCUCCAGGCCAAGAUGCGGCCUAUAGCUGUUGCCCCUCAGAAGUCUUUUAUUGGGUUCUUCCAUCCGGAUGGCAUGGAAGAUGGUGGUUUUGACUUCCUACAUGGUGCUAUGUCUUUUGACAACAUUUGGGAUGAGAUCACCCAUGCUGCAUCAAAUUGCCCCAGCAAUGGUGAUCCCCAGGUGUACAUUGUCAGCUGGAAUGACCACUUUUUUGUCCUUAAAGUUGAAGCAGAGGCUUACUACAUCAUUGACACAUUAGGUGAAAGGCUCUAUGAGGGGUGCCACCAGGCAUAUAUUCUGAAAUUCGACAAAGACACUAAAAUCCACAGAAUGCCCAAGGAGGCACAGUCGGAGGAAAAACCUGCUGGGGAUCAGCAGAAGGCAACAACAGCAGCCGAAUCUGCAAAUGGGCAGGUGCAGCAGAGCAACCUCAUGGAGGAUCCAGCUGCUGGGCCUUUAGUUUUAAAGCCGGAGGAAUCAAACAACAGUGAAGGAGAGGAGGUUGUGUGCAGUGGGAAGGAGUCAUGCAAGGAAUACAUCAAGAACUUCUUGGCUGCCAUUCCUCUAAGGGAAUUGCAAGUGGAUAUCAAGAAGGGAUUUAUGGCAUCAACACCUCUUCAUCAUCGACUUCAGAUUGAAUUUCACUACACUGAGUUUCUACAGACAGAACCUGAGACUGACACCGAGCCUGAGACUGAGACUGAACCUGUAACUUCACCACAUGAGGCAGCAGCAGCAACAGCAACAGCAACAACUGCAGGCACCCCAAUUGAGCCUGAGCCUGAGCCUGAGCCUGAGCCUGUAAUUUCACCAUAUGAAGCAGCAGCAGCAACCAUAGGCACCCCAAUGGCAUUGGCAGUAGCAGCGGCGUAGGGAAGAAUGAGGUGAAGAUGUGGGGAGUAUCCUGUACAAAUUGUAAGGAAGUGUGAUUAUUCUAACUUGUUAUAACUAUCUUGUUGGAAUGUAGGUUAGGUUUGAGUCUUUAAGAAGUGGAUGGGCUAAGUAAGGAAGAGGAGCCCAUCUAUGUUUUGAGAGCUUUCCUUCUGUGUCAAGCAGGGAACCGGAGCAUCUUUAAUCAUCAAUGUGUCUUGUGUGUGUUAGAGAGAGAGAGAGAGAGAGAGAGAGAGACCUGUGUCAAUUUUCUUCCUUGUUUUGGGUUAGGGGUUGGUGGUUUUGGUUUUGACUUUGUUUGGGGAGGGGAUUGGUUAGUGUCUUUGUAAAUGACUGUUGAUUCUUGUCCAUUAACUACCCAUCUGUAACUUCGGAUAUCUAUGAAACUCUUCCUUUUAAAGUUUAAAAUUGAGAAGAAAAGUUCAUUUUCAA